AUGGCUCCGCGCAAGAAAGCCGUAACAGCAACAGCCAGUUCUAGCAAAGCUGCAAAGUCUGCCAAGGCAAUCAUCACAUCCCCUUUAACACCACCCACCGUUGCACUACCGCCAUCGCGUAUCCACAACACAUCGUACCACUACCCGCUCCUCUUGGGCAAUCGGUCGGUAUGCGACGCGCUACUGUCCUGGUUCAAUGGCGUCGCAGAGACGCGUAGUAUGCCGUGGAGAAAAGCGUGGAUCGACCCCGCGGACUUUGAAGGCCGGGAAGAAGAGCUUAAAAGUAUUCUGUCAAAAAGAGCCUACGAGGUUUGGGUGUCUGAAGUCAUGUUACAACAGACACGUGUGUCGACUGUCAUUCCAUACUUCAACAACUGGGUAGCAAAAUGGCCCACAGUGGAAGAUCUGGCUGCUGCGAACCAUGACGAUGUGCUCUCCGUUUGGAAAGGCUUGGGAUACUACUCCCGCGCAACUCGGCUUCAUGAGGGCGCUAAGCAGAUGACGUCUGCACGUAGUGCUUCGGGCGUAAUUCCUAGCGGGGCCGUUGAACUUCAAGAAGUACCAGGCAUCGGAAGAUACACUGCAGGUGCAGUAUCUAGUAUCGCAUUUGGCGAAGCCGAGCCAGUACUCGAUGGAAACGUUGCGAGAGUGCUAAGCCGGCAGCUGGGCCUGUACAUGGACGCCAAAGACAAAAAGACGACAGAUGUGAUGUGGGAUAUGGCGGACCAAUUGAUCAAAUUCGCAUCCAACUACCCGGAACAGCAGAAAAGCGCGGUACCGGGUUUAUGGAACCAGGCGCUGAUGGAACUCGGAUCUACCGUCUGUACUCCACGACCACGGUGUGACGAAUGUCCCAUACAAGCCACGUGCAGAACAUACAGCGAAGGAAAAGCGUUAUCUCAGAAGCGCCAAGCAUCUACUGCCAUCCCGGACAUUGAAGAUGCAUGCAUGCUGUGUGCGCCACUAGAUACCGAAGAUCUGGUUACUAUUGCCGAGGGCGAAGCAGCAGACGACACAGCAAGAGCUACCAAGAAGAGAAAGGCUGCUACGAAGCAGUCCAACACCCUCUCGAAUUAUUUCACUAUCAGCACGCCAAAGUCUAAUGCUGACACGGAAACUGAUCAAGAGAGCGCCGAUGACACCCCAGUGGAAGAGUCUAAGAAGCGGAAAUUGCCCCCACCAGCUUCAGACAUAAAGCCCAUAUUGAGCUAUUGUUCUUUGUUUCCUAUGAAGGUCGCAAAGAAGAAGGCUGCGGAAGAAGACUGCAUCGUGUGCAUGAUUGAGCUUUGCUUUCCAGAUUGUGAAAGCAAGUGGCUGAUCGAACAAAGACCCAGCAAAGGGCUUUUGGCAUCCUUGUGGCAGUUCCCACAGGCUACACCACCGGCAUCACAAAAGACGCCGCAGCAACGCAAGGCUUUCGCCCAGAAACACGUUGCUGACCUCGCUGCAGGCAAGGUUGAUAUGAGUCUAGCGCGUUAUGUGGCGUCUUUGCCGCCAUUGGUCCAUGUUUUUUCUCAUUUAAAGCUCACUAUGCACGCCUAUCAGUUCAGGAUCGACGCUGAUAACGACCAAGGUUUCGCAGCCAUAUGCAAGGGCCCGCCGGCCCGCAAGUGGGUGGACGGUGCGGCUAUGGACGACGAGACGUUGUCGACUGGAAUGCGCAGAUGCUGGGACCUUCUGUCCAGCGAGAAAUAA